AUGAAGCGAAAGGCCGCACCAGAACCUCCCGAUCCUCAACCGAAGCGAACGCCUCGCCAGGACCCUGUCUCCUGUGAAUCAUGUAGGACAAAGAAAAUCAAAUGUGAUCGACAGCAACCAUGUGCAAGUUGUUCUCUUCGCAGAUUGACCUGCAAAUAUGAACGACCUGGGGCUACCGCAAGAGACAGCAGACUCCGAGAUACCCCGACAUCAAGCCAUGAUGGCCCUGUGCUCGCUCAGAGUCCGCAAGAUAAGCAGACUCUCUCGUCGACUAAGACUCUAGCCUCGAAGAACAAUAGGGAGCUGAUACAAACAGCCGACUGGCUGGAAAAUAUUCACAUGGCCGCGAGGAUUCCAACAGCCACUCCAGAUUGGCUGCGCGAUGGGCUGCGUGAGCCUCAAAGAACUGGAAACCCAAUCCCAACUCCGGAAGCUCGUCCCUCCAUAUCCUCGCUCGCAUACUUGUACAAGGACCGGUCUGCUUCCAAAGAGAACCCAGCGACGGUUGACUUGAGGGCGUACCUCCCUGAUAGAGACCAGGCAAUGUCACUGUUUCAAUACUACAUCGACUACGUCGGGCCCUUAUACCAUAUUAUCAUUCCAAGUCGCGUCAAAUCCCAGGUGGAUGACAUCUAUCGCUCGGUUGAAGUUGGAUCACCGAUAAUUCUCGAUCAUCUGGCUUUAAUGUUCAGCAUAAUGGCAAGCUCUCUUUACCUGCAACUGUCCCUGGAGAGUUCUGCCGAUGCAGAGGCCUGCAGUCGCGAGUUUUCGUACCUGACUGGUGCGGCCCUGAUCCAGAGUAAUUAUUCCGUAUCUCCCACGAUAGAAGGGCUGCAAGCGACCAUGGUUGUCAUGCACAAUCUCUACGUUUGGAACAUACAGCCAACAGUCAGCGGACUUUUCGCGCUGGGGUCUAUUAUUAGCCAGGCUAAAAUUCUGAUGCUCCAUUGCAUCGAUUCGCCGCGAGUUCGAGAGGAACGAGAAGCGACUGGGUUUGACUGCUUAGAAGUAGAACUCAAAAGACGGCUCUGGUGGGACUUGGUAUCUUAUGACUGGAUCCUUGGUAACUUGACUGGUCCCCAAGAAUGGACAUACUCGAUACAAAAGAAUCAUAUGAACGUUCAACAACCAUCGAAUACCGACGACGAGCUUAUCGAGAAGGAAGGUGCUGUGACGUCACUGCCCAGCUGCGUACCUACAGACAUGUCCUAUGCGCUCCAGCGCCUUAAGUUGGCAAUCCUAUGUCGUGAAAUCAUUGACGCGACAUCACACGAUCACCUUCGUGGUCUAGAGCUAGACUACAGCAAAAUACUUGAGCUGGAUCGCAAAUUCCAUCAGCUGAUCUCAGAGAUCCCGGAAUUCUUCCGCCUCGAUCCGGGCUCCCAGCGCCGGUUUGAGCCAAUCUAUAAAGAGCGACCGGCCAUUGCAUGGCAAAGGUAUGUCCUACAGCAAGGCUUCUUCUCUCGGCUGUGCCGAUUGCAUCGGCAUCACUUCAUCCGUGGCGCGCGUGAGCCCACAUUUGCGUGGUCUCAUCUCAUCGGCCUCCAAUCCGCUCGAAAAGUAAUCGAAAUCAGGAAGAUUUUAGACGAGGGCGACCUCGGCUAUAAUCCGCCCGUCUCAGUGGUUUGGUCUGUCACUCACCAUGUGUUCAUGGCUACUGUGAUUCUCUUGAUGGAUGCUUGCUUCAACUGGGAUGAUAUCCUGGCGGAAAGAAGGAAGGAGGAAGUGCUCGACGCCUGCCGCAUGCUAAGCAAGGCACACGAGUCAUCUUCACUGGUACGCGAAGGUAUAGAUGCGAUGAUGAGCGUACUACGGAGACAUUGGAAGAGCAGCACUCAAUCAUUCGCCGCACCACACGAGGUCAAUCCAUCCAAUGCGCCGCUUGGACCUCGACUGGUCAAAGAACCAGUGCGCAUCAAUCCAGCCAUGACGGGAGUUUACAAUACACCAUCCACGGCGAUCGACGUGCAUGAUGUUACAAUAGAUACCACAGCCACAGACUUGCCUCCUGAUGGACAAUUUGAAGAAAUUUGGUCAGAAAUGCUGGAAAGCGGCAACAUAUUAACACUAGAGUCUGCGGAUUGGACGGAGUUACUUGAUGAGUUGACGGAUACCAGCCUGCCUGGCAAUCGCCCUUUGGCGUUCAGUUGA